AUGUUUUCUGGCCCAGAGCAGGCUUGCCAUAGAGUCUACCGAAGCCAAGCGCAGGUCAUUAAGGACAGAGCAGACAGGUACUCCGAGAAGAGUGACAAUCUCAAAGAUGAAUUGCCCAAGAGACCAAAGUCUAUCUAUAACGGGGAAGCCGCUGGGCCAGUCUGGGGACAACAUGGCUAUGAUCCCCGACAGUUACGACAUCAUUCCCACUACAGUAUGGAGGAUGACUUGGUGGGAAAAAGCGAUGGCAUAGACAAUCCGAUCUUCUUGACUUCCGGUCAGCGUCCAGUUGGGUCUGACUACGGAGCGAGUGCAACUACCGGAUUCUCCUUCAUCUCAACGGCUAAAUCGAAAUUUUCCACUCUCAACUGUUUGAACCGCAAGCAGAGAGCUCAUCGGCGCCGAGUAAAGCAAGCAACUGGACUUUUCAAUCGCCUGCAAAAUCAACUGUUGCCAGGUAGGACAAGUACUGAGACAACCAUAAUCCGACCGAUCAAGUGUCGCAGAUUUUUAGGAUUUGGUGCAAGACUAGGAAGUGUAUAA